AUGUCAUCCUCGCUCCCUUCAUCCCUCCGGCGGGUGGCCGCUCCCCUCCGUAGAACACUCGCCACUGUGACAGCAACAUCGGCGACAAGCACAAAGUCUUGCAGGACAUAUGCCACAAUACCCACAAAGGACAGCGAUCCUACUGCGAGUGCAAGCAGCGCCGACUCAGCGGCAGCAUCAGUGACAUCGCAGCAACAAACAUCGAAAUCUUCCCGCCCAACAUACUUCAAAGACACGACUGUCGCCUCCUUCUCCGACUUUCUCGCCACAUCCUCCCCAGCAGCUCCUUUAUCCCCAUCUGAGGCUUACACCCUUCGCACCGCCGAGGUCGGCCCCGCCGGGCGCAAGAAGACCAUCACGCGCCUGCCAGAAUGGCUGAAGACACCGAUACCCAACCCGGGGUCCAACGAAAACUUCCGCAGCAUCAAGGCCGACCUUCGCGGCCUAGGGCUGCACACCGUCUGCGAGGAGGCUCGUUGUCCAAAUAUCUCGGACUGCUGGGGCGGUAGCUCCAAGGCCGCCGCCACCGCAACCAUCAUGCUUAUGGGCGACACCUGCACGCGUGGAUGCCGCUUCUGCAGCGUCAAGACAAGCCGCGCCCCGGCGCCCCUCGACCCGCACGAGCCCGAGAACACCGCCGAGGCGCUGGCACGCUGGGGACUGGGCUACGUCGUUCUGACUUCGGUCGACCGUGACGACCUCGCGGACGGCGGCGCCAGGCACUUUGCUGAGACCAUCCGGAAAAUCAAGGCCAAGAAGCCGACGUUGCUGGUCGAGGCCCUGACGGGUGAUUUCCAAGGGGACCUGGAGAUGGUCAGGAUGGUGGCCGAUAGCGGUCUGGACGUGUACGCGCACAACGUAGAGACGGUCGAGGGUUUGACUCCAUACGUACGUGAUCGCCGCGCUACCUUCAGGCAGAGCUUGAAGGUGUUGGCUGAGGUCAAGAGGCACAAGGGCGAUGAUAUCAUCACCAAGACCAGCAUCAUGUUAGGUCUGGGUGAGACGGAGGAAGAGUUGUGGGAAGCACUUAGGGAACUCCGCAAAGCUCAGGUUGAUGUAGUGACGUUUGGCCAGUACAUGCGGCCGACAAAGCGUCAUCUCAAAGUAGAGAAAUACAUAACGCCCGACGAGUUCGAAUUGUGGCGCCAGCGCGCGCUGGAUAUGGGCUUCCUGUACUGCGCCAGUGGGCCACUUGUGCGGUCUUCUUACAAGGCUGGAGAGGCGUUUAUUGAGAACGUGCUCAAGAAGCGGGCGGGCGAGAAGGCAGCAGCAGCCGCCGCUGCCGCUUCAGGUACCACCGCAAACGCCCCCAAGUUGAAUCCUUCCACGCUGUCAUGA